GUGACGCGAGAGGGGCGGGGCUGCGAAUUGAAAACAAACCAGCCCCGUGCUUUGCAGCUGAAAUCCUAGCAAUGAAACAAUUCAAAACCUCGAGAAAUAACACUUGCACAAACAUGGUGCGUGUUUGCAGUGCUGCCGUUUGAGGAGGAACGAGGAACGAGGAAAGGAAACGCAUCACAACUUAUAUAUGCGUGCAGAACAUUGCAAUGGUUUAGCAGUUUACAUGAAUGCGUGUUGUUUUUAUAUACUGUGCAGGUCUGCUCAGCUCAGCAGAUGCUCUUUGUAAAUAACAGCAUCAAAUAAAGAAUUACAAAUAUAUAUUAAUUAUACAAGGACGUUUUAGAACUACAAAGUUAAGCGUGCAUGAUUUUUUGUACGGAUUGUUUAGGAGUUUAUUUCGUUUUUUUUAGCGUACCCGUGAUCCGGGGUCUCUGAAUUGAAUUGCAUAACAUAGGGAGACGCUGUUUUUAAAAUACUAUGGCGGCGGCGGGGACACGGCGGCUGGCCAUAUCUCAGUGCUGGGAGGAGGCGGCGUGUCUCUCUUUCUACGGAAUGCAGUCGCUGCAUGAAAUAUUCGAGGUGGUCGGCUCCCACCUCACCGACAGCGACCUCGAGGUCCUGUCCUUUCUGCUGGACGAGACGUACCCGGCCACGCACCCGCUCGACCCGGCCGGCUGGGCGGUGGAUCUGGAAGGCCGGGCCGGCGCCACUUGCCCGCGGCUGCAAGCGGCAAUGCAGCGGUACCACGGCCGGCGUGGAAGCUCGACCACCGGGGAGCUGGGCUUCUGCGCGGCCGGCGUGCACAAGCCCAAAGACGGCGUGGAGUUGCUGCUGGAGCUGGAGAGGAGGGGCGUGUGCGAUGAGUCCAACCUCACCCACCUUCUACAGCUGCUGCGCAUUCUGACCCGACACGACCUGAUGCCGUUUGUGACCCAGAAAAAAAGGAGGACAGUGUCUCCGGAGCGCUGCAGCUACGGCUCUGUGAUCUCGGGCGCGGAGGAGGAGGAGGAGGAGGAGGGUGUGAGGAAGAGCGCGGCGGAGACGGAAGGGGCAGGCAGGGGGCAGUGGAGAGCAGGGGUCGACCCGAACAGGCAGAGUCCAGCUGGCUCCAAACGCCCCAGGGGCAGGAAGCGCAGGAGCAGAAAACUCAACAGCCCCCCUAGGAGGGCAGGAGGAGGAGGAGGAGGAGGAGGAGGAAGAGUGGGGGGGCAGGGGCAACAGCACAUCUUCGCUCAGGACAGAGUCACCUGUGACGUGCGCCUGCGUGUGCGCGCGGAGUACUGCGAUCACGAGACGGCUCUGCGCGGGGGCGUGUCCUCCAGCAAGCCGGGCCUCGCGGAGCGGCAGUUCGAUCUCUUCAGCCAGGCCGACGCGCUGAUCCGCUCGCGGGACCUCGGUGCCAUCGUGUGCGACAUCAAGUUCUCGGACCUGUCCUACCUGGACGCCUUCUGGAAGGACUACCUGAGCGGCGCGCUGCUCGAGGCCCUGAAAGGCGUCUUCAUCACAGACUCGCUCCGCAGGGCGGUGGGCAGGGAGGCCGUGGAGCUGCUGGUCAGCGUGGAUGAGGAGGACUACGCGGAGGGCAGGAGGAGGCUGCUGGGAGACCGCGGGCAGCCACUGCGCUGACACACACAGAGACGAGGUCUUGCUCCUCCCUUUUUUCAUUCCAUAUAUUUUUUUUAUUGUUUUUAUUUAUUUAUUUUUAUGCUGGGGGCACGGUGUACUGGAAAUGCAAGACUUGUCACUUGCUGACCUUUAAAGGGUGGAGGAGAAAAUAAAUCCACAAUGUGAGUUUGAAGCUGAACCCCUCCUGUCUGCACUGUGUGUUUGAGGCUGAACCCCUCCUGUCUGCACUGUGUGUUUGAGGCUGAACCCCUCCUGUCUGCACUGUGAGUUUGAUGCUGAACCCCUCCUGUCUGCACUGUGAGUUUGAGGCUGAACCCCUCCUGUCUGCACUGUGAGUUUGAAGCUGAACCCCUCCUGUCUGCACUGUGUGUUUGAUGCUGAACCCCUCCUGUCUGCACUGUGUGUUUGAGGCUGAACCCCUCCUGUCUGCACUGUGUGUUUGAUGCUGAACCCCUCCUGUCUGCACUGUGUGUUUGAUGCUGAACCCCUCCUGUCUGCACUGUGUGUUUGAUGCUGAACCCCUCCUGUCUGCACUGUGUGUUUGAGGCUGAACCCCCCUGUCUGCACUGUGUGUUUGAGGCUGAACCCCUCCUGUCUGCACUGUGAGCUUGAUGCUGAACCCCUCCUGUCUGCACUGUGAGUUUGAUGCUGAACCCCUCCUGUCUGCACUGUGAGUUUGAGGCUGAACCCCUCCUGUCUGCACUGUGAGUUUGAUGCUGAACCCCUCCUGUCUGCACUGUGAGUUUGAUGCUGAACCCCUCCUGUCUGCACUGUGAGUUUGAGGCUGAACCCCUCCUGUCUGCACUGUGAGUUUGAGGCUGAACACCUCCUGUCUGCACUGUGAGUUUGAGGCUGAACCCCCCUGUCUGCACUGUGAGUUUGAGGCUGAACCCCUCCUGUCUGCACUGUGAGUUUGAGGCUGAACCCCUCCUGUCUGCACUGUGAGUUUGAUGCUGAACCCCUCCUGUCUGCACUGUGAGUUUGAGGCUGAACCCCUCCUGUCUGCACUGUGAGUUUGAUGCUGAACCCCUCCUGUCUGCACUGUGAGUUUGAGGCUGAACCCCUCCUGUCUGCACUGUGUGUUUGAUGCUGAACCCCUCCUGUCUGCACUGUGAGUUUGAUGCUGAACCCCUCCUGUCUGCACUGUGUGUUUGAGGCUGAACCCCUCCUGUCUGCACUGUGAGUUUGAUGCUGAACCCCUCCUGUCUGCACUGUGAGUUUGAGGCUGAACCCCUCCUGUCUGCACUGUGAGUUUGAGGCUGAACCCCUCCUGUCUGCACUGUGAGUUUGAUGCUGAACCCCUCCUGUCUGCACUGUGAGUUUGAGGCUGAACCCCUCCUGUCUGCACUGUGAGUUUGAUGCUGAACCCCUCCUGUCUGCACUGUGAGUUUGAGGCUGAACCCCUCCUGUCUGCACUGUGAGUUUGAGGCUGAACCCCUCCUGUCUGCACUGUGAGUUUGAUGCUGAACCCCUCCUGUCUGCACUGUGAGUUUGAUGCUGAACCCCUCCUGUCUGCACUGUGUGUUUGAUGCUGAACCCCUGCUGUCUGCACUGUGUGUUUGAUGCUGAACCCCUGCUGUCUGCACUGUGAGUUUGAUGCUGAACCCCUCCUGUCUGCACUGUGUGUUUGAUGCUGAACCCCUCCUGUCUGCACUGUGUGUUUGAUGCUGAACCCCUGCUGUCUGCACUGUGUGUUUAAUGCUGAACCCCUCCUGUCUGCACUGUGAGUUUGAGGCUGUGCAGGAUCCUGCGCUGAACCCCUCUGUCCAGGGAUUUGUAUUUGAAUAAAUAUGUUAAUUUGUAAAAAUAAAAAAAAUUAUAAUAAAACUUGUUUAUUUUAAGGGACACUGUUGCUUACAACGGCACAUGCACAAUGUGAAAUAUGUCUGUUAAGUUUAUAUAUUCUCAUAUAAAUGACUUGUCACGGCUGGAGAUUUCUGUAAAUUUAAUUAAUGACAUUUUUUUUGUUUGUUUGUUUUUGACUAUAGUUCUGAUUUAGUAUAUUUCUAAAAAAAAUAAAUAAAAAUAAAAAUAUUUGUAAGAAAAAAAUAAAGGCUUU